AUGUUGGAGAUUUUUAAAGCUAGGCCUCACUGGCCAGCUAAGGAAAUAAUUGAAGCUAUUAGGAGAGUUUAUAAUAUUGUGGUGAGUAGGGACUUUGCAUACAAAGUCAAAUUUCAUGCACAUAGAAUUCUCCAUGGCUCCAUGAGGGAGCACUAUAUGAAAGUUGAGAGGUAUAUCCAAGUUGUGAAGGAUUCUAGCCCUGGAACAAGUAUUGAGUUGGUGGUGGAUACUUCCAAGCAGAAAAAUCCACCUGUUUUCCAGAGACUCUACACCUGUUUUGAAGGAGUAAAUCAGGGUUGGAAGGAAGGCUGCAGAAAAGUCAUAUGCGUAGAUGCUGCUUUCUUAAAGACCUUUCUUGGUGGCCAAAUUCUAAGUGCAGUUGGCAGAGAUCCUAAUGAACAGAUGUACCCAAUAGCAUGGGCUGCAGCAGAAGGUGAAAACAACUCAUCUUGGACAUGGUUCAUCACCCAAUUGCAAAGUGAUUUGGAGCUAGGUGAUGGCACUGGGGUUGCAGUUAUAUCAGAUGAGCACCCGGCUAUUGUACAUGUUGUUGCUGCUGUCCUACCAAAUGCUGAACAUCGUCACUGUGCUAGACACAUUUUUUCACUGUGGCAUAAAUCCUUUAGAGGAGAUGAAAUGAAACUACAUUUCUGGAAAAUUGCUAAAUCCUACAACUUGGCAGAUUAUAAUGAGUGUUUAGAGGAGUUGAGAGAGUUAAAUCCAGAUGCAGCCAUAGCUUUCACUUCAUAUAACCCAAGACUAUUCUGUAGAGCUUACUUGAAUUCUGAAAUUAAGAUAGAUGCAAUCACAUCUAACAUGGCUGAAACAUUCAACUCAUACAUUAUUAAUGCCAGAACCAAGCAUUUGAUAUAUAUGUUAGAGGACAUCAGAGUGGCUUUGAUGCAGAGGUUAGUGACUAAAAGACAAGAAAUGCAGAAGUCAACCUCUGUUCUUUGUCCUAGAAUCCAUGCCAUGUUAGAAAAGGAAAAAAGUAAGGCUGCAUUGUGUGAUGUUUUACCUUCUUCAGAUACAGAGUUCAAUGUGAAGUAUUUCCUUGAUCAACUCAAGGUAGAUUUAGAGGCCAGAAAGUGCACAUGUAGGAAAUGGGACAUGUUAGGGGUUCCAUGUUGUCAUGCCAUAACAUGUAUAUUCUUUAAGAACAAGGAUGCUGAAACUUUUGUGGAUGAUUGUUAUAAAAAGGAUGUAUACUUGAGGGUUUAUGGUGGUUUUAUCCCUCCAUGUGAAGGAGAGAGGCAUUGGCCUAAGAUACCCUGCAACUUAGACCCCCCUGCCAUCAAAAUAGGUCCUGGCAGACCUAGAAAAAAUAGGAUCAAAGAUCCUUAUGAGAACCCAAAAAAGCCAGGCUCUUUGUUAAGAACUGGACUUGAAAUGACAUGUAGUCUCUGCAACAUUAGAGGCCACAACAAGAGGAGAUGUCCAGACAAAGACAACUUUGUUCACUCAGAGCCAGCAGCAAAGAGGGGAAGAGGCAGGCCAAGGAAAGAAUGGUCUGCAGCAAGGUCUUCUGAUCAGCAGGUAGUUGACCCCACCUAUGCAUCAACUUCUUCUGCAGGUGUUCAACACCAUUCCACCAUUGCACAGCCAAGUCAAUUAGGCAGGGGUGGAAGGGUAAUUUACAGUGGUAGGGGUGCUAGAGGUGCAGCUAGAGGUGGUGCUAGAGGUGGUGCUACAUCUGGUGCUACAAGUGGUGCUACAUCUGGUGCUAGAGGUGGUGCUGUUAGGGGAACCAGAGGAGGAAGGGGGAGAGGCAGAGCAGGGGUUGGUGUGUUGUUCAGUGCUGAUGGUACCCCAAUACUACAAGUAAGGUUCAUUUGCUUCUGUUUUGUGGUAUCUGUUUUCUUUAGCUAA